UAUAAUAGCUGGUGCAAACAAUAACUACAGUCAUUGUAAAGGUAGAGAAAAAUAGUGUGCAUUAUGCUCUGCUAAAUGAAGUUACAGAAAUAUAACUUCGGAUGGAUUUUAUUUUAUUUUUUGUAAACUUUUAGGGAGGAAAUUUCCAGGAAUACUGAAAAUGCGAUGUAGAAAGGUUCCAGUUCAGAAUGCAACAAUCAACUUCGUGCUGGGAUUGUCUGUUGGCCUCGUGUUUGCUUUCCUUACCGUCUCCUACAUGUAUAUGUCAGGACCUUCGGGGAUUUCCCUGCAAACAAUCCGGCUUGUUCCAAUUGAUGAAGAUGGCAAACAUGACGCAUCCCACGGAUCUGCAUUGACACAUGAUGACCUAGAUAAAAUCCAACAAAUAGUAAGACCUGUACAAUUCCAAGACGCACAUGCUCACCAUGAUGACGACAAGGAAGCAGCGGAACUUAAGAAAAAUAUUCGUGUAUUGUGUUGGAUUAUGACCAGCCCACAGAACUUGCAGAAGAAAGCUGUCCAUGUCAGGAAUACCUGGGCUCAUCGAUGUAAUAAAGUGAUUUUCAUCAGCUCCGAGACGAAUACAAGCUUUCCAACAGUCGGGGUCGAUGUUCCCGAAGGGAGAGAACACUUGACUGGUAAAACAAUGAAAGCGUUUAGAUACAUUUACGACAAUCAUUUAGAAGACGCAGACUGGUUUAUGAAAGCAGACGAUGAUACUUAUGUCAUUUUAGAAAACUUACGUUAUUUUCUUACUAGUCAAAAUAAAGAUGACCCUAUUUAUUUUGGGCAUCAUUUUAAAACUAUUGUAAAGCAAGGGUAUUUCAGUGGCGGUGCUGGGUAUGUUUUGAGCAAAGAGGCAAUGCGGCGAUUCGGGGCGAGUGGGAAUGACUCCAAAGUUUGUCGCCAAGAUGGCGGUUCAGAAGACGCAGAAUUUGGAAAAUGUAUGCAAAAUUUAGGAGUUAAAGUUGGAAAUUCUACAGAUAAACUGGGAAGAAGUAGAUUCCAUUGUUUUGGAGCAGAAGCGCAUUUAAGAGGAGGAUAUCCCGACUGGUAUUAUAAAUACGAUGCCCACGGUGCUAAAAAGGGAAAAGAAAGUAUUAGCGAUUACGCAAUCUCAUUUCAUUAUGUACCACCAGGAAAAAUGUACGGCUUAGAGUUCUAUGUAUACCAUCUUCGACCGUACGGGAUCAAUUCCGGACACCAGGAUUUAAAUCAGGACAUAUCAUAGCGCAUUUUUUAAUUUGUGAUAAUUUUAAAUAUCUUAAAUUAAUCCUGAAUAUCUGUUACAAGAUGAUGCUAUUAUUGUAUUAUGUGUUACUGUACUUUAUAUAUAACUGUACAAGAUUUUGUUUCGGCUGUUAAACGUCUUUAGAACUUAUUUAUUUGUAUCAGGUACUGCCAAUACGAGACUAUUUAGCUUUAAGAUAGAAUCAUUAUUGCUUGAUCUUUUAUUGAAAUUGAUGGCAAUAUUUCUUAAACAUUGGCCAUGAUGGUCUUGGACAUGUUUUCGAGUAAGUUUUAUGCAGCCGAACGUUUGCCUUUAAAUAACAAAGGGGCCUCUAUGGCAAAGUGGUUAAGGUCACUGGCUUCGGAGCACUUGGGUCUCAUAGUUAUGGGUUAAACACCUUUCUUAGGGUGUAGAAAUCAUUCAUGUAAAAAAUAUUCGAUUGACUUGCGGAAGGCCGAUGGUUCUACCCGCUGUGUCUGAAAUAAUUGCUGUGUAGGUACACCUGGGGACUUGCUCUACUACCAGAACGGGUCAGUGUGACUUGAGAUCCAGCAGAAACGAAAUACUUUGUAUACGUUUAGCACUUAUUACAUCACUGACGGUAUCAAACUGAAAUAUCUACUGUCUUGUAGAAAUUGAAAGUAUUUGCCUCAAAACAGACUUGUAUUAAAAUAAGUCUUGAGUUGCACAUGAUUAAUUUAUCGUAUUGUACAAAUUUCAUAAAUUACGUGCAAAUGGUACAAAGAUCGCAACAGAAUGCCCGGGCUCGCUUCACAAAAAAACAAUCAAUACAUUCUUCGAUUUGUUUGUAUUUCGUGUAAUAUGAAGUUUUACCUGCUACAAUCUCAAUUUCGUUUGUCUCUGUCUCUUCAAAUUCAUUUUUUAUCCAGGUUUGAAAAACAUGACCCUCUAAAGGUAUUUCAUAUUCCUUGGAUUUAACCUAAAACUAUACUGCUAUUUAAAAUGUCUUCUUUCUCGUAAAUCACGAUGAAAAAGUUUUGUGACUGCCGAAAGAUGCUGGAAUAGUACUAGUUGACGUAAUUACUAGGAAAUUGCCGAUCGUUGACGUAAUUACACGGAAAUUGCCGAUUGUGUUUACGGGUUGACUAACUAAAGAUGUUGAUUUAUGGAUGAACAUGCAUUUUGUGCUAGGAUACGGUGCACACACAGACGAUCCAUAUACAUGUAUCAGGUACCGGCAGGCACCUGUGUAGGACCACCAAACAUAUGCAAGUCAGUGGGAUAUUUUCCUUACGUUAAGUACUAUAACAUCGUAACUGCCAUAGUGAAUAAGCCAUAAGUACAGGUUAUUUGAUUUGUAUUGAGAAAUAUGCACGAGCACUGCAGCGGAAAUAUUGUACAACAUCAGAAGCGCAAUAUAAUUUUCGCGAAAGAACGAGUAACAACGAUAUUUUUGUUACAUAUGCUUAGAAUUUUUAUAUGAGUAUAAUAAAUUUAUUAUCUA